AUGCCACACCAGCUCCAGACCACGGGGCAAAUUAGCUGCCAGGGCUGCUACGUGACGCUAGCGUACCCCAUCGGUGCCCCGUCCGUUCGCUGUCCAAUGUGCUCCACCGUAACCACCGUCCAUCAGUUCAGCGUCACCUGCGUUUGCUGCCGUUGUGUGUUGAUCCUUCCACAGAACACGAGCCUCGCGAUGUGCCCACGCUGUCGUACCGUGAUGUCGAUCCCAGCGAGCAUACGCGAGGGCAGAAACGACCCGAGGGCGCCUCCCCGCCAGUGUGUGUAUAUCGACAAACCACCCACCAUCGACGCGUCAGGAAAGAAGGUUACCCAUCUGGCUGUCGGGACAAAGCUCGACGACGACGUCCCAAAAGAUGCAAAGAAAUAA